ACGCACCAUUGGCGUCGCGAUGAUGUACAUCCCACUGCGAUAUUACCGGCAGAAACUCCAACUUUGAUCAUAAUUAUUUGCUAACCGUUUCUACACAGCGAUUCUGUGCUCGGUUAACAUUUAAAAUAAUUGAACGUUCGAACCAGUUUGCUUCCUCCCGAAACGUUAUUUUUGCCGCGCAGAGGAAGAGCUAUAAACUUGUACAUAGGGACAUAUACACUCACAAGUUAAGUCAAAAUGGUAGAACGCAUUUUCUCAAACAAUCCAUGAGGCAUAUUCCCACAUUUGAAAAGUUAACAAAAUGAGCGUGUGUUUGAAGAAUCCCUUUUCAACGCGCCAAAGUAGCCGAAAAAUAGCUGCGUUGGUAAACGCCGUUUCCUGCGAACCCAUAGGCGCACAGUACUUCUCGAACCAGUGAAAAGGAAAAAAAAAAAAAAAAAAAACACACUAUUGUAUUAUUUAACCAAAUAGUGCUCCCCAAAUAUGCCAUUUUGCACACCCUCAUGUAGAGAAAAAACAUAAUAAAAAAAAAAACAUGUUAACCAUACGUAGGAGCAUUUCCCAACCCAACACCAAUGAACUUCCCCCGUUUUGACGUAUACAUGACAAAAUAAAAAACCCUGUGUAAAUUCCCCACUUUAACUUGUUCAUUUCGCCCUUUUAGCUAGUGCACGUGGAGAAUACACCAAAAAUGAUAAAAAUAAACGGAAUAAUUUUGCUUUACUUUUCUGUGCUCAAUUUGGUGUGUUGUCUUAAUAGCAACUUUUGUAAAAGCGCCUACAUUUUGUACUCUCCCCAGUCGACGAAGAGGUACAAGGCCCCCUUCAGAAGAUGGAAUAGCCCACAGAACAAUAACAAUUUGAGCGAUUUAAGAAAAGACCAGAAAUCGACUGAAGAUGUGUACAACGAAAAUGUGGCAAGGCAAAGCGACCUGAAAAAUUUUGCAAAAGAUAUAAACGAUAAUGUCUACAUCGAAACGAAUAGGAGGGAAAGGAGGAUAAAGAGGAAUAGGCACUUGCGUUCCCUAUACAGUAAUAAUAGCAUACGGAUGUCCAAUUUUAUUUACCCGAUGUUCAUUCAUGAGGAGGAUGCCCCCAAGAAGGAAACCCAGCUGGAUGGAAUCCACACCUACAGCGUAGACGGAAUCGUGAAAGAGAUCGAAGAAUGCCUACAAUUGAAUAUUCACCACUUUAUGUUUUUCCCAGUCGUGAAGGAGGAAAAAAAAACGACGUACUGCUCCGAAUGCUACAACGAAAGUAGCUACUUCUGCAACGCGAUAAACAAAAUAAAACAAAAGUUUAAAGACCAAAUUGUCAUUUACGUGGACGUGGCUCUGGAUCCGUACAACAUAUACGGGCACGAUGGAAUAUAUGACGAGCGGGAGGGGGAAAUACUCAACGACGUUACGGUGCACACGCUGGUGAAGCAGGCCCUAUGCCUAGCCAAGUGCGGCGCCGACGUGGUGUGUCCCAGCGAUUCCAUGGACAACAGAAUUGAACAAAUUAGGAAAAACCUGGACUUUCACAACUUCAGAAACGUCCUCAUAUUGUCCUACACGUGCAAGUACUCCUCAUGUCUCUAUAAGCCAUUUAGAUCCAUCCUGAAUUCCAACAUUCACAAAAACGUCGUCAAAAAUAAGCAGUCCUAUCAGCACGACUUCAACGCGUACUUUGACCUCAACCAUGUGGAGAAGCACAUCGCCGAAGGGGCCGAUAUCCUCAUGGUCAAGCCGUCGCUAUUUUACCUAGACGUGGUCAGCCGCAUUAGAAGCAGAAUGGACAAACACGCCACGGUGCCGCUGGCUGUUUACAACGUCUCUGGCGAAUACAUGAUGAUCAAAAAUUACGUCAAACAGUUGAAUGCACACAUAAAUUAUGAAAAUGAAAUUCUGACGGAGCUCUUUAAGAGCUACCUACGAUCCGGGGCAAACAUAAUUAUCAGCUACUUCGCCAAGCAGUAUGGUUUGUACCUCAAAGAUUUGUAUGACCGUAAUGUAGACGUAGACGACGAUUUGAACAGCAAUUUUAACGUCGAAUUGACGCUAUAAUGGGGGUAGUUAAAAGAGGACGCCAACUUUUAAAGGGGAAAAAAAUUAACAGAGCGCAUGUGCCUAUUUUUCCAUCGCCACGCGGUCGAGUGAAUUGCAGGCGUUCGUAUCUGCGGUGUGUUAAGUUGUUUCUCUUUUAUUCUUUAUCUUUUCUUUUUUCCCCCCAUUUUGUGCCUCUCCCAUUUGGCGCGCUUAUACAACUUAUGCGUUUUUCUUUUCCGCACACUUUUAUCGUGCUCCCCUCCGGGCACCUUCCCAUUUUUCACCCCCUUCUUGUGGACAAUACGACACCAAUUUAAAGAAAAUUCAACG